CCCGACGUCCCCAGUCUCCACUGGCCAAUCGGUGCACUUUGGGCCCCGCCCGGCCCGGCCCUUCUUCCCCGCCCCUUCAGCAACUCCUAGCUCGCAUUGGUCGGCGGGGACCGGCCCCCACACAUCACGCGUCGGCGGUGCGCUCGGCUGCGCCGGCCUGUGUGGAGUGGCCGCAGCGAUGUGGACCGGUGGCGCGUGGCGCGCCGCGCUCUCUCGGGCCCCCUGCGGCCGCCGCACUCAGUCGGCGCUGGCCCAGCUGCGGGGCAUCCUGGAGAGGGAGCUGGAGGGGAUCCGCGACGCUGGCACCUGGAAGAGUGAGCGGGUCAUCACUUCGCGCCAGGGGCCGCACAUCCACGUGAACGGCGUCUCUGGAGGAAUCUUGAACUUCUGCGCCAACAAUUAUUUGGGCCUGAGCAGCCACCCCAAGGUGAUCGAGGCAGGUCAGCAGGCUCUGGAGGAGUUUGGAGCUGGCCUUAGCUCCGUCCGCUUCAUCUGUGGCACACAGAGUAUCCACAAGAACCUGGAAGCCAAGCUAGCCCGCUUCCACCAGCGGGAGGACACCAUCCUCUACCCCAGCUGUUUUGAUGCCAACGCCGGCCUCUUUGAGGCCCUGCUGACCCCGGAGGAUGCAGUCCUGUCAGAUGAGCUGAACCAUGCCUCCAUCAUCGAUGGCAUCCGACUGUGCAAGGCCCACAAGUAUCGCUACCGCCACCUGGACAUGGCCGAUCUAGAAGCGAAGCUGCAGGAGGCCCAGAAGCAUCGGCUCCGCCUGGUAGCCACCGAUGGGGCCUUCUCUAUGGACGGCGACAUCGCGCCCCUGCAGGACAUCUGCCGCCUCGCCUCUCAGUACAGUGCUCUUGUCUUUGUGGACGAGUGCCACGCCACGGGCUUCCUGGGGCCCACGGGACGGGGCACAGAUGAGCUGCUGGGCGUGAUGGACCAGGUCACCAUCAUCAACUCCACCCUGGGGAAGGCACUGGGUGGAGCAUCAGGGGGCUAUACCACAGGGCCUGCGCCGCUGGUGGCCCUGCUGCGUCAGCGUGCCCGGCCAUACCUCUUCUCCAACAGUCUGCCUCCUGCUGUCGUUGCCUGCGCCUCCAAGGCCCUGGACCUGCUCAUGGAGAGCAAUGCCAUCGUCCAGUCUAUAGCUGCCAAGACCCAGCGGUUCCGCAGCAAGAUGGAGGCUGCUGGAUUUACCAUCUCAGGUGUCGCUCACCCCAUCUGCCCUGUGAUGCUGGGGGAUGCCCGGCUAGCAUCUCACAUAGCCGACGACAUGUUAAAGAAAGGAAUCUUUGUCAUCGGGUUCAGCUACCCUGUGGUCCCCAAGGGGAAGGCCCGGAUCCGGGUGCAGAUCUCAGCAGUACACACCGAAGAGGACAUUGACCGCUGCGUGGAGGCCUUCGUGGAGGUGGGGCGGCUGCACAGGGCAUUGCCCUGAGCCCUGAGUCCCCGUCCCAGGACCAGGAUGGUCUGAAGCUGGUGCGAGUGUGAAGCAACAUUGUGAAAGUGAUGAUGAUG